CUAGAAUUAACCUGUGUCUCCACCUUCGCUCUGCCGGACAAAACCCGCGAUCGGCACGGUGAAUUUGUUGUCAUAGCCAAUCUCUAAAGAGGAAUGAAAAGGUUUUUGGUCAUUCUGAGUGUGGAUGUCGCACAUACCUAUUAAUCCACGAAACCAGAGCCUGUCUCUGAUGGCUCCAAGGUCAAGGGCUUAUGAUGGAAUCUACAAAGGAGAAAGAGCAAGAUCAAUUGUCUGAGUCUCUGAAUGAUCUUUUUACCAGUGUCUCUGCCAUGAUAGAAGGCGAACUCCGGGAAACAAAUAAUGUUCUUGAGCUGUUAGAGAAAAUGAAUGUGAGGGUUGCUGAAGAGUACAAGGGAUUCGGUGAUGUGGCAUCAGGAUUAAGAGUAUUUGUGGAGCAAUUAAAGACAAAAAGCGGCACAUUUGAUGACUAUGUUAAACAGCUCGACACCAUAGAGCAGCAUGUUACGGAAUUUGAAGCUGUUAUUUCUAUGCUUAGCAACUAUGUUUCUCUGUUGGAAUUGAAAUUAAAAUCUGUUUACCAGAUUCCACCUGCAUAAUAUGAGAUAGUCUCAUUUUGUUGUCAAUUGGAUUGAUUUCAUCUUCGAUUACUAUUUUAAUUUCUCCGCAGUUUUUUUCUUAAGCCUCAAUCAGCACGACAUUAUUUAUCUUAAUAUAAUGCAUGGUGGGGGAAUGUCUGGUGUUUAGACAAAAGAACUAUCUCGGAAGGUCACUUUUAUCUGAGGGCAUACAUAUUUUGGUAGGGCAUAUAUAUUUUGGUGGUUAUGGAGGUUAAUUAGUGUUCCGAAUAUUUUGAGGUCGGAAAAAGUGAUUGUGGAUGGAUGCGACCAGAGUAAUUCGUU